AUGUCUUAUGGUGAUGCUCGCUGGAACGGUUGGGCAAUGGACACUGAAGAAUCGCUUGAUUUGAUCAAGAAAGCAUACGAUGCUGGUAUCAACUUUUUCGAUACUGCCAACGUAUACUCCAAUGGCAAAAGUGAGGAGAUCCUUGGCAAGGCCAUCAAACCCAAUCCACGAACCCAAUUCAAGGAUCCAGCACUUGUCAAUCGCUGUGGUCUUUCGCGAAAACACGUCUUUGAUGCAUGCGAUGCAUCGCUCAAACGUUUGGGUCUGGAUUAUAUUGACUUGUAUCAGAUCCAUCGUUUUGAUAAGUGCAUUCAAACCGUGGAGGCAUUGCAUGACUUGGUCAAAUAUGGCAAGGUGCGCUAUAUUGGUGCCAGCAGCAUGCACGCUUGGGAGUUCCAAAAAGCCAAUCACAUUGCUGAAAAGAAUGGAUGGACCAAGUUUAUCAGUAUGCAAAACCUGUACAACUUGUUGUAUCGUGAAGAAGAACGCGAGGUGAUUCCUUACUCGCUUGAUGCUGGUAUCGGUGGUAUCCCAUGGUCCCCCUUGGCAUUUGGCGUAUUGGAAUGCAAGAACAGGAACACGACACGUUCGCAAAAUGACUUGGCUGUUGGUCUCUUGCAAAUCAGAGAGUCCGACCAAAAGAUCUUUGAUCGCUUGGUGGAAGUUGCUGAAAGGAAAAAGGCUAGCCCUGCACAGAUUGCCCUUGCAUGGUUGCUUUCCAAGUCAUUUGUCACAGCUCCAAUUGUAGGUAUCACUAAGGCCGAGUAUUUGGAUGAUGCUGUUGGUGCACUCAAGAUUAAUUUGACUGAGGAUGAGUGCCAAUACCUCGAAGAGUCAUAUGCUUCCAGGCCCUUGAUCCCAAUGUGA